CGCCCACUCCUCCGGCAGCGCGGAGCCCGUCGGAAGAGGAAGGAACAAAAGGUCCGAGGCUCGGCUCGGACGGGGCGGGACCUGGCGCUGGGUGCAGGAUAUAUUUGCCAGGCUGUUUGAGUGUGGAUUGUAACCUUUGGUAAGAAGAUGUCGUCCAUCUUGCCGUUCACUCCGCCAGUGGUGAAAAGACUUCUGGGAUGGAAAAAAUCAGCCAGUGGGUCUGGAGGAGCAGGUGGUGGAGAGCAGAAUGGACAGGAAGAAAAGUGGUGUGAGAAAGCGGUGAAAAGUCUGGUGAAAAAGCUAAAGAAAACAGGACGAUUAGAUGAGCUUGAGAAAGCCAUCACCACUCAGAAUUGCAAUACUAAAUGUGUUACCAUCCCAAGCACUUGCUCUGAGAUUUGGGGACUGAGUACACCAAACACGGUAGAUCAGUGGGAUACAACAGGCCUUUACAGCUUCUCUGAACAAACCAGGUCUCUUGAUGGUCGUCUUCAGGUUUCGCAUCGGAAAGGGUUGCCACAUGUUAUAUAUUGUCGGUUAUGGCGCUGGCCGGACCUUCACAGUCACCAUGAGCUCAAGGCUAUUGAAAACUGCGAAUAUGCUUUUAAUCUGAAAAAAGAUGAAGUAUGUGUAAAUCCUUACCACUACCAGAGAGUUGAGACACCAGUUUUACCUCCAGUGUUAGUGCCUCGGCACACGGAGAUCCUGACAGAACUGCCGCCUCUGGAUGACUAUACCCACUCCAUUCCAGAAAACACUAACUUCCCAGCAGGAAUUGAGCCACAGAGUAAUUAUAUCCCAGAAACACCACCACCCGGAUACAUCAGUGAAGAUGGAGAAACAAGUGAUCAGCAGUUGAACCAAAGUAUGGACACAGGCUCCCCAGCUGAGCUGUCUCCUACCACUCUCUCGCCUGUCAAUCACAGCUUGGAUUUGCAGCCAGUUACUUACUCGGAACCUGCAUUUUGGUGUUCAAUAGCAUAUUAUGAACUAAACCAGAGGGUUGGAGAGACCUUUCAUGCAUCCCAGCCCUCGCUUACUGUAGACGGCUUUACAGAUCCAUCAAACUCAGAGAGGUUCUGCUUAGGGCUGCUCUCCAACGUUAACCGGAAUGCUACUGUAGAAAUGACAAGAAGGCAUAUAGGACGGGGAGUGCGUUUGUAUUACAUAGGAGGGGAGGUGUUUGCCGAGUGCCUGAGUGACAGUGCCAUCUUUGUGCAGAGCCCCAACUGUAACCAGAGGUACGGCUGGCACCCGGCCACAGUGUGCAAGAUUCCACCAGGCUGUAACCUGAAGAUCUUCAACAACCAAGAAUUUGCUGCUCUUCUGGCUCAGUCUGUGAAUCAGGGUUUUGAAGCCGUUUAUCAGCUAACUCGAAUGUGUACCAUAAGAAUGAGUUUUGUGAAGGGGUGGGGAGCAGAAUACCGGAGGCAGACAGUAACAAGUACUCCUUGCUGGAUUGAACUUCAUCUGAAUGGCCCUCUGCAGUGGUUGGACAAAGUAUUAACUCAGAUGGGAUCCCCUUCGGUGCGAUGCUCGAGCAUGUCAUAAAGUCCAGCACCAGUCAAGUCCAUCAAAAGACUUCGUGUAACAACUCUUCUGUCAUAGUAUUUGUGUAUGAUCCCGUGGACUCUUUGCUAUCCAAAAAUUCCAGAGUGAAAACAGCACUUGCGGUCUCACCAGUUAAAGCACCUUGUGGAUUCUGUUUCCUAUGUUUGAAUAUUAGAUGGGAAAAUUAGUGUCUAGAAAUGCCCUCCCCUGAGGGGGAAGAGAAGACUUAAAGACUUAGUGAUGUCUUGCUGGGCAUAAGACAGUGUCCCACAGGUUGUUAAUAACAGUAGUAGUUAUGUGUACAGGUAAUGUAUGGAGACCCAGUAUUGCAGUACUGUGCUGUUUGGAUACAUUUUUAGUGUGCAUACCUGAGGUGUGUGUGUGUGUAUGCUGCUUCUUGGUCUAGGCAAGCCUUUAUAAAGUCACAGUACCUAAUCUGUUGUCCCCACUUCGCCAUUAUUUUUGUGUCUUUUUUAAUAUAUAAUAUAUAUAUAUAUAUAUAAAGAUUUUCAAAUUAUCAUUUAGAAGCAGAUUUUCCUUGUAGAAACUAAUUUUUCUGCCUUUUACCAAAAAUAAACAAACUUGGGGGAAGAAAAGUGGAUUAACUUGGAAAUCCUUGACCUUAAUGUAUCCAAUGGAUCUUAGCAAUCGUUCUUUCUGUGUGUGUUUAUUUCCUGCUGAAUUUCAUUAGAAGGAAACCUUACUGGAAGCUUCUGGACUCUUCAUCCCAUUUCUGUUCUGAUAUAACACAGUAGAGCAUGAUGUCAUUGUGGAAAACAGCUGCACUGGUGGCUGCUGGAGCAGUUAAUCCUGGGUCCAGUGAGGGUUUUGGGGAGAGGAAGUCUUUUUUCCCAGAUCCAGACUUCAGCAGAUGAUAAUGGACUUGUGUAAGCUGUUGGUCUGUUGAUAACUGUCAUCUCCAAACAUGCACAGGUGGCGGUAUAGUUAUUUUCAGGGCUAUUCUAGAAUCACUUCAGUAUGUGUUUCCUUCUUCCAAAGCCAGUCUAAUAAUAAAGGAUCUAUCUGUAAAGGCAGCUGACCUUCUGCCUCCUCUCACUUAACUACCAGAUUGUAUUACAAAACGGACCUUUGGCAAAUGUACUUGCUUUUGCAAAUACAUAGAGUGACACUGAGAUAUGGUCAGUAGGUAGGGGCCAUCUGUUUUUAAAGUGUAUUGUAUGUAAUUUAUAAAUAGAAUGUUCUAUUACCUAAUUUCAAAAUUUUAAUGAUUGGAAGCUAAGCCGUUUAUCAAGAUUUUUAGCCUGCAGUUACCUGCAGUCUGAGCUGUUCUUGACCAACCCUGGCAUGUGGUCAUUGACCUUUUCUGCUCUGCACUAAGGGGAUUCCGGCUGUUCUGCCACACACAACAAUCAUUCAUGUCCAGUCUUGACUUCCUUCUUGUUUGCAGCUCCAUACAAAUGGAAAAUACUUCCUGAUCUCCUUUUUGUAAAUUUUCAUAUUUUUGCAGACAAAUAUCUUUGGUACUUAACUCUUUGAAACCAUAAUCACAUGUAUGUACAGGUAUCAUUUUUGAUGCUUUUCAACAUUUGGUUUUCUAUUUGAUAUUUCCCAUUUUCCUAUAUUUGUGUGUGUAUGUAUAUGUUCAUGUAAAUUUGGUAUAGUAAUUUUUUUUAUUCAAAUAUUUAUUGUUCACCUGUUAAUGUGCCAUGAACUUUAACCUUUGGGUGAAGGUGAACAACAUAGCUCUGUUUCCUGCCUUUGCUGAGAUAGCAGUUGACUUAACCUGUGCUCAAGUGUCUGUGUGGGAGGUAAACAGGGUAUUGUCUAGAGAAUGGUAGACAGGAUGCUUCUGGUAGGACAUUGGGAAGGCAUCUGGGAAAGCAAUGCUUGAGCUAACACCUAACCUAGAAGGACGGAGCCAGUGAAGAGCUGAGGGAGAUCAGCACUGCUAGGACAGCAUCAAACCCAAAGGCCCAGGCUCACGGAGACUCACUGUCAGGCGUCAUAGUUCUAUACAUACCUGCACACACCCAAACAUAAAGAUGAGAAUGGACCUUCAGUUGAUGAUUGGUUGAAGAUGGCAUGGCUUUGGGAUAGGCUGCUGGUCAUCUCACUCUAGUCUAAUCCUCAGACCUUUGUUGUGGAAAUCUCUUACUUAAACCAGGUCAGUGCCACCUUAACAGCUCUUUUAUGUAAAGAUUCACCAGUAUGGAGAGCUACUGUUUGCUUCUGGACUUGUUGCUGCACACUGAUUAUAUCACUGUUUCUACUGCCCAUCUGGUGAUAGAGGAAAUGUCCUGAGCAUCAUUGCUCCUGAGCCUGAUGGAGAUCAGCACUGUAAACUGCCCCUCGUUGGAAGUUUGCACAGACCGUAAAACUUGUGCUGGCUGUCGGGAUAGUUGUGGGUGCGGAGGACAGCUUUGAAAGUAGUGGGAGGUUAUCAGACAUGCCGACAGAGGGAUGCCAACAGUGCACACAGCUCUGUGGUUUGGGUUCAAGUCUAGGUUUUCUGUACAGUGUGGAAUGGGAUUUUCCCUUGAGACGUCCUGGUAUCGUGAAGCACGGAUGUCGCAGUGGAAGCACUCAUGUGAAGUGGUCAUGUUUGCUUCCCAGUGAAAUGGUGUGGGCUUACAUUACACUUUGUCUACCAUGGCCUAGUUUUUGUUGAUUCCCCCCAUUUUGGUAGGGCUGGGGUUUGUUCUGGAUGAUACUUGAGACCUCCCUCUUGGUUGAUUAGUCUUGAUUUAAGUUAUCUGCAUUAUUUAGCAUCUCGGCUCCACAGUAAUUUGAGAUUCUUUUUAACCAGAUUAGAAAAUUCAACUGGAUUAGGCCAGUCUUUGGAAUACCACUGAAUUGGGCUCUGAUUUAAAGAUGCUUUCCUGCUACAGUCUGAGCCACACCAGUUAACACUGACUACACUAUGGUAGACUAUGGUCAGUCAGCCGCAUAGUUUCUGAUGCCUGUUGUCUCCCAGCCACUGUGAUUCUGCGACAGUGUCCUGGCCCUCUAGUUGGGCUUAGUCCUGUGGGAGUUACUGUUGCCCUCAGGGCCUGUCACUUUGCCAGAAGGAAUCUGCAUGUGUUUUCUUGAGAGUUUAAUCUUCUAAUUCUGUACUUUUAUCUGUAUUCUAUAUAUUUGCAAGUUGUUUAAUAUCUAGGGUGGGCUUUUUUUAAAUCGUAAACAAUAUGCAAUUUAGUGUUUAGUCUAGUUGAUUGUUUUUAAGCUGUCCGAUUCCCCUUCAUUUCUUUACCUUCACAUUUGUUGUGCCUUUGUGAUCAGUUCAUCCAGACUGAGGCUCAGAGUGAAAGCAAUCAUGUUAGUAGGCUUUGCUAGUUGACAUCAAAGAAAGCAGAUGCCCAUUUGGUUUCCCUACCUCUUCCAAGAGCUGCCCACAUGUGUCCUUAGGACAUUUUUUUCAAAGAUUGUUAAGUACUUGGAAGAGUUAAGGGUCCUUUUUGCUGGAGGGUAGCUGGGCUGGUAAUGGGGUAUAAAGUACCUCGAGACAAUCUAGGAUGGCCCUUCCUGUUUGCCCUGUUUGUUCCCUCUGGACGACUUUCCCAAGUGUCUCUUCACAGGGCCAGCCAAGGGCCUUUCUUACGGUGGCCUAAGGCUUUGGUGACCUGAUACGUCCUGCUCCUCAUUCGUCUCUUCACACCGUGUGCCACACUUGUUCCACCCAGGCUCCCUCGAUCCUGCCCUCCUGUCACCUGCAGUUCUUGUGUGUCCGCAUCACUCGUCCUCCCCUUAGGACUGUGCAUGUCUGCAGGAAGCUAGCAGUCCUUGGUCUGCUGUGCUGAUCGUACAAGUGGCUCUGGAACUUUGCACCGUUAAAUGUCCUUGUGACUGACGAGCAGCAAAUUUUCAGGUAUUAUUUAUUAUAAUUUAGAUGGUAGCAGCGUCUCAUUCCUGUUUGGGGGCAUUCUGAAAUGUCAGUUUUAGUGCAGUCGGUGAUGAUGGUGUGGUCCUCAGCAGACAGAUCCCUGCUCUUGGUUCCCAUUCUCUUUGCAGUCUCCUUGAUUGUUUUAUUCAGACUACCUUUUGUCUGAGGAGAUGGAGGGACAGAUUAUUUCUUGGAAUGUAAUUUAUGUACUUGCAGCC